CUCAAUGACUCAUAUCACCAUAGUUAGUUAAUAUCCUGCAUUGCACUACUUCACAAGCACAACUCACCUACUCAUAUUUACAUUCAUAAAAAAAUAUAAUAAAAAAAAAAAGGAGAGAGAUGGAGAUAGUUUUUCCUCUAUAUGUUCUUAUAAUCUUUUUCCCCAGUCUACUCUUGUACAUUUUCUUGAGAAAAAACAGGAGAAGCCCUCAUAAAAGAGCUAAGCUCCCUCCUGGGUCAAUGGGGUGGCCUUACAUAGGAGAAACACUUCAACUCUACUCCCAAGACCCCAAUGUUUUCUUUGCUACCAAACAAAGAAGGUAUGGUGAAAUUUUCAAGACCCAUAUUCUUGGUUGCCGAUGUGUCAUGUUAGCUAGCCCUGAGGCGGCUCGGUUUGUGUUGGUGAACCAAGCUCACUUGUUCAAGCCAACUUACCCCAAAAGCAAGGAAAACUUGCUUGGCCCAUCCGCGUUGUUCUUCCACCAAGGGAAAUAUCAUAUCCGCCUAAGGAAGCUUGUUCAAGGCUCGUUGUCCCCAGAGGCCAUUCGCAACUUGGUGGGAGACAUUGAAGCCGUGGCAGUCUCUGCCUUGGACUCAUGGGCUGGUGGUCAGGUCAUUGACACAUUCCAAGCGAUGAAAAAGUUCUCUUUUGAAGUUGGUAUACUUGCUAUAUUUGGCCAUUUGGAGGCUCAUUAUAGAGAAGAGCUGAAGAAGAACUACAGCAUAGUAGAGAAAGGAUACAAUUCGUUUCCAACAAAAAUUCCGGGAACUCCAUACAAAAAGGCAUUAUCGGCACGGAAGAGGCUAAGUAAGAUUCUAAGCAAAAUUAUUGGGGAGAGGAAGGAGAAGAGGUCUAAUGAGAAGGACCUUGUGGGAUGUCUCCUGAACUCUAGAGAUGAUAAAGGUGAAAUCUUGACAGAAGAUCAGAUUGCCGACAACAUCAUCGGAGUUCUCUUCGCGGCUCAGGACACUACAGCCAGUGUCAUGACAUGGAUUCUCAAGUACCUCCAUGACGACCCGAAACUUCUAGAGGCUGUAAAGGCCGAGCAGAAGGCAACAAGUCAAUCAAAUGAAGAAGGUAAUCAUCCAUUGACAUGGACUCAGACAAGAAAGAUGCCAAUUACUUAUAAGGUGAUAUUAGAGAGCUUGAGAAUAGCAAGCAUUAUAUCGUUCACAUUCAGAGAGGCAGUAGCUGAUGUAGAAUACAAGGGGUACCUAAUUCCAAAAGGGUGGAAGGUUAUGCCUUUAUUCAGGAAUAUUCAUCACAAUCCAGAAUUCUUUAACAACCCUCAAAAGUUCGAUCCAUCAAGAUUCGACAUUGUGCCAAAGCCCUAUACAUUUAUGCCAUUUGGCAGUGGGGUACAUGCCUGCCCAGGAAACGAGCUAGCCAAGCUGGAGAUGCUCAUAUUGACCCACCACCUAGUCACCAAGUUCAGGUGGGAAGUUGUGGGAUCUAAAAGUGGGAUCCAAUAUAGCCCAUUCCCAGUCCCAUUGGGUGGACUCCCAGCCAAAUUUUGGAGAGAAUCUGCCCCCUAAAUCCACCAGCAUGGGUGCUUCUGAUGUUGGCACAUCCCAAGCCAUCCCUUCCCCAAACUUACCUUUCAUUUUUGCUCUCUUUUAACCCAUCCCCUUCAAACUCAUCUGGGCGUAGAAGAUGCCUCUCUCUCUCUCUCUCUCUCUAUAUAUAUAUAUAUAUAUAAUUAUAUUUAUUGCAUCUGUCAUUUUAAGUCAAGAAUUUUACUCUAUUCUUGUCUCUUCUAUACAUAUAUGUACCUUUUUAACUGGCAUUUUGUAUUGGUUACAUUGAUGAAUUGGAAUUGAAAAGAGUUCCAAGGGAAUGAAAGGUAGUGCAUUAACCCCAGUGAA